CCGCGCAGUUUUUGUGAGAGGAUCUCUAAUAUCUCUCUCCGAGAGGCCGGGAAGAAGCGUAAACAGAUCGUACAGUAGUUUUUAGUGGCUGAUACGUUGGAGUCAUGACUACAGAGGCUCAAAGCCUCGUGGAAUGGGUCAAUAGCUUUGGAGUGGGCGAGUGCCACUCUCUAAAAGACCUUUCAUCUGGUGCUCUCCUCUUCAAGUGCAUGAGAAAUGUUUUGCCAGAUCUGGCGGCAGAGUCGGGGCGAGAGUGGGACAGACUCCUGCAGGUCCUGACAGAGUUCUGCCGCUGUUCGCUGGAGCAGAGUCUGAGCAGAGAGCUCAUUGAGGCUGGGGACGAGGAGCACCUUGCUAGAGCAGUGGUGAUGCUGCUCUGUCUGGCUGUACAGCGAAAACCAAACGAAGACGUCAUCGCUAGAAUAACGACCCUCCCCUAUGAGGCCCAACGUGACAUCAUGUAUUUCAUUGAGGAGGCGCUGGCAAAGAUGAACAGCAAUGCACUCGGCUCUGGUCUAUUUACCUCAGGUGUGGGAGAUGUAGUCCCAAAGUUGUCUGGUAGAACAUCUCCUGACAUGGUGGAAGAAGAAGUUGGCGAGAUGAUGGAGGAGGAAGAGGGGGUACAAACGACCGAUGCUGGUGGGUGUGGUCAAGCCGAGCUAGUCUCCACCCCUCAGCCGACGCCCAAUCGACUCUGCAAAGUGCCAAGUCGCACAACUGGUAAUCCAGAAGAGCAACCGGAGGAAGUUCUGAGGCUGAAACACAAAGUGAGGGUGCUGGAGCGCUCGCUGGCAAACGAGCAGACCCUCUCGCAGGAGAUGCACGCGGCUCUCUGCCAGAAAGAGAGGGAGAUGCAAGAGACGGAGGAGAGGCUGGCGAAGGCUCGGGACAUGGCGGAGAAAGCCAGUGAGCUGGCAGACGUACAGGACGAGCUGCAGACGAUGGCGGAGGCCCUGGAGCGAUCAGAGAAGAGCUUUCUACGACUUCAGAGAGAGUGUGAGGAACAGCGCACGAGUCAGGGGCAGGAACUGGGGGAGAAGGCCGCCGAGAUUGAACGUUUGAAGACAGAGAACUCGCAGCUAAAGGAGUUGCUGGAGAAGGCAGUAGGUGAGGGUCUGGAGCAGAAAUCUGAGGUGAAAAGACUCCAGUUGUCAGGGGAGACUGCUGCCAUAGCCUUCCAGGCAAAACAGAGAGAGUGUGACUCUCUGCUGCAACUCAACAGAGAGCAUUCCGGUGACGUUCGUGAGCUGAAGCAACAAUCACUCAGUCUCCAGAAAAACAACUGGUCGACCUCAAAGACACCUCCGCCGAGAGAGAGAAAUCCCUGACCGACGAAAACCACACCCUCUCUUUAAAACUCCUCCAGGCUCAGGUAUGACAUCACCCCAUAUUGUUACAAAAAUAGUUCCGAAGAAGGCAGGUGCCAGCACUUAGAUUACCCAUGUCGUUACCAAAUAUAGUGCAUGCUCUAAUAUCCUUGCCUGGGGCUUACAUACAUUACUCAUGUUGUUACCAAGAAUAGUCGCAUGUUCUAAAAAUACCCAGGAGCAACUGGAUGCCCUGGGAAAGAAACAGAGGAGAUUGGAGGGAGAGUGUGAGUCUGCCAAGCAGCAGGCAGCAGUGGCUGAGGCCGGGUCCACUUCUCUACUGGGGCAGUAUCAGACGGCCAUCGGUGAGCUGGAGGGACUUAGGACGCAGUACAACAUGACGCAGGGCGAGCUCGAGGGGGUCAGGGGGGAGGGGGAAGCCCUUCAGACGCAGCUGCGAGGGAAAGACGAGGAAUUGGUCAGAGUUGGUGAAGAACUCUCGGUGUUGAGGAAGACGUGGCGAGAGGAGCUGGAGGAGGCCUGGAGGCAGAGGGAGACCUGCAAAACUUGGCUCGUGGAGAAGGAAACAGAGUUGGAGAGAGUCCGCGAGGAACUCGCCGAAUUGGGGAGAGGUUUAGAAGCGAAGGAAGAGUGGGCAAGAGAACAAAUUGAGUGUCUUCAGACUCAGCUGGGGGAGAAGGAAGUCGAGUUGGGUGUACUUGACAAGGAACUCACUGAAAUGAAGAAAGCAUUCGAAGAAGCGCGGGAAGAAAACGAGUGUCUUCAAACUCAGCUGAAGGUGGAGGAAACCGAGUUGGGUGGACUUUGGGAGAAAUUCACUCGACUGGAGAAGACAUUGGAAGAAAAGCAAGAAGAAGUGCGGCAAGAGAAGGAGAGUCUUCAGAAUCAACUGGUGAAGAAAGAAGAGGAGUUGGGUGGACUGUGCAGUCAGCUGCGUGAGGUGAGGAGGGAGGCUGGGGAGAAGGCCCGGGAGAUGGAGGGACAGCUGGAGAAGAGAGGGAGGGAGCUGAAGGAGCUCCAGGAAACCUCAACUGAGCAGAUAAACACUCUGGAGGAGCUGCUGACAGAAACUCACCAGAAACUGAACUCCUUGACUGAGAGAUACACAACCGAGGCAGAGGAGAUGGCGGCAGUCAAGGCCUCCCUGGAGGAAGACCUGUCCCGGGCUCACUCGGAGCUCCGCGAGACUCGCAUGGAGCUGGCGGAGAAGGAGAAGGAGCAGGGAGAGAGGGAGAGAGAACUGGAGACUGGCAGGAAACAGUUGGCGGCUCGAGAGAGAGAGCUAGAGAGAGUCGGUGGAGAGGUGGAAGGCCUGGGGAGAGACAAGACGAGGUUGGAAGAAGAGAAGGGGAGGAGUGAGGCAAAGCUGGAGGAAAUGACGGCGUGGGUGGAGGUGAAAGGGGCAAGGUGGGAGGCCGAGAAAGCUGCACUCGAGAAUCGAACCGUCGAGCUCAGUUGUCAGGUGGAGAGCCUGACCAGUAGGACUCGCUCCUUUGAGGCCAGGGAGGAGAGACGAGAGAAGGAGCAGGGGGAGGAGAGAAAGACCUGGGGAGUGCAGAGAGCUCUACUGGAGGGACGGGUGGCGAGCCUCACUGGGGAGCUGGAGUCGGUCUCAGCCAAGUCUCGAGAGCAGGAGAGAGAGGUCGCGGAGAAGGCCCAGUCUCUAGCUGACUCACUGCAGGCAGAGUUGUCUGGGAAGAGGCUGGCAGUGGAAGCACUCGAGCAUACGGCGGAGAAGAAACGCGAGGAAUGGCGUGUCCAGAGAGAGGAGAGGGAGAGGAACUUGUUGGCAUCUCUGGAGACAGCUCAGAGGAAGCUGGGGGAGGCGACCGAGGAGAGAGAGAGGGCCCGCGCUGAACUGGAGCACCUCAAAAUGGAAUCGAAACACUCCCUUGCCAGAAUAGAGGCAGAGUACCAGAAUGCAGUGGCAGAGAAGAAGCAAACACACGAGGCCUACAGCACUCAACUGAGGUCUCUGGAGGAGGCAAACGCGGCUCUCCAGCGACAGCAGAGCGAAGCGAGCGCAGAAAAUGCCCUCAUCCAGGAGAAACAGUCGGAGCUCUACCGGGAGAUGACGGCUCUGCAUGCGACAAAGUCUGAGGCUAUGGACCUGGUCCGACGCUACGAGGGUCUGUACAUGGAGGAGAGGGAGAAGAGACAGACCGACAGAGAGACGAUCAGGGAGAUGAGGGCCCAGGGGAUGAGCGAGAGCAGGACUGCAACUGCGGAAGCUGAUCUGCUGCGCGGACAGCUGUCGGCGGAGAAACGCGCCACUGCACGACUCGGAGCAGAGAAUCGCAGUCUCCAGGCUCAAAUCUCGUAUCUGGAGAAUAAACUCCGUGACACCGAGAGAGCAGCUCGUGCUCAUAAUACCUUCACUUCUCAGCCACAGAAUACUGGACCCUCUUACUCCUCCCAUUCAGACACACUCGUAACACGACCUCACCACAGCACCACCUUCAAGAAGAAUGAACUCGACAUCUCGCGCAUUUCCAGCGAUAUUUUGGUAUCCAACCCCAGCUCGUCCCACCACCUCCACUCCACGGACGAAACCGCUGAAACCACUCUCAACGACAGUGUCUUCUCUGCUCCCACGUACCAGAGCACCGCCGUAAAACCUCCACCCAAUGCAGUCAAUCCAUCCCCCACAAAACAGUACAGGAAGAGGAGUUGGAGGAGGAGGAGGAGGGGGAAGAGGAGAAGACGACCGGUACAGAAUCUCAGAGCUGAAGGCUCGAAACAGACAGGUUCUUCCUCACCUCAAGUCUUCGUAUGCCGUGGAGCUGCAGGAGAAGAAAAGUCAUCCCGGCCUGCUCGGUGAGCAGACCCGUCGACUUCAGCUGGCGAGAAAGAGAGCGGUCGGGAACAACACCUCUGUCAGGAUCACCAGUGACUCGGCAUCCGUUCUCGAGGAAUCCAGGAAGCGAACGAGCGGGGCUCGAAAGCUUGCCGGAGACCUGGGCUCCUCGGGGAGCCCGGCUUCGUCUCGU